AUGUCCUCGUCGCCGCCGCCCGAGGCGCUGCCUCAAGUACCCUCCCAGGCGCCGUCCGCGUCCAUGCGCAACCAGUCGUCGACCAGCUCGAUAUCGAACUUGUUCAAGGACCUCCUCGGCCGUUCGCGCACCUCGACCUCCGACAUCCCUUCCGCUUCUACCAACGUCUCUCCGGUACAAGGAAUCUUUGCGAGGAGACCAAGCGUGUCUACUUUGCCCCGGCACAUUCACACCUCGUCCCCAGACAAUGCGGACUUCGCGAACAUCCGCCAUUCGCUCCGUGUAAGGCCGAGUCAGCAUGAUGGUGAUAUCCAAAUCCCACCAGUCCUCGGAGGUCCUCCGGAACUAGAGGAACUUUUGGAACGGCUCAGUACGAAGGCACCGCUAUCAGCGCGUAUUGACGCAGCACACAGGCUGUGUCCCAUACUCGAGCAAUUCCCGGUGAAAGGCGUUUGGGCAGUAUGGCUCCGUGCCAAUGACUCACUGUUGAAGAGCAAGGAUCCGGAAGCUAUCCAGGCGGCAUGCCGCCUAUUGUCACGCCUAGUGCAGCUACCCCAUCUCUCCCCUCUCGAGAGGAGCAACUUCUUCUCUUCCAUCUCUGAUACAAAGCAAGAACAAGUUAUGGAAACGCGACUGCAGCUUCUCGGCUGCCUUACGCAUGGCGGACGGAAUAUUGACGCUUUUGAGAGCAAGAUCGCACCCGUCUUGACGCGGGUGCUCGACAGAUGCUACGAGGCUGCGCGGAAGGCAAGAAAUGCUCCGAGGGACUCGAAAGCGGACCUUGAGCUUGCCGAAGAUGCCAACCUACAGCAGGCCUUCCGUUUCAUCAUCGAUGUGCUCAAAUUCAACUCUCAGCUCCUGGCGGACAAACAUAUCGAAGAGCUCUUAGAAAGGGUUCUGUAUGUCUCCAGACGCACAGCAAGGAAACCGGAUCUCAAGGGUGGAAUCACUGUCAUUGAGACACUGAUCACGUACGCCGAAUUGCCGCGACCGCUUCUCAAGCCGUGCUUGGAACUGCUGUGUUCUGUCUGCAAUCGCAUGCUUCUGCUUGACGACCUCCGAGACCAGGCCGAACGGGUCAUAAUGCACUUAUUUAACUCCCACGUGGCACCAGCUGCUAUCCAUGCUUUCAUCGAAAUUCUUUAUGGCGAACUUGGUUCCUCCAAACAGAGGACAAACGUCGUUCGUGGGGCUGUAAAGGUCCUAGAAGACAUGCUCUUCGAUCCAAGGGCUGCGCAUCUCCAGGAACUUCAGCUGUCGCUCUUCUUGCCUGCUCUCAACAACUUGAUCUCGGUCGAGUACGCUAACAGGCGAGCAUCUGAGACAGCUUCGGAUACAGACAAUCAUAUGCUGAAGAAGCUCAAGGCUGACAACUUCCACCUGGAAUCGGAUAUUUGCAACAUCAUGUGGAAGCUACUCAUCUCUGGGGACGCGGAUAACAAAUACACCCGGCAACUGCUUCAAGAAUACGAUUGGUCAACAUUCCUGGACAUCAUCAUCAAAUGCGCCAACGACGUGUCUGACAGCGAAGUUCGAGACUUCACGAACUUGGCCUCGGAGACUUUCUCGAACCCUACCGACGAUGGAGAGGAUGAGGAGGAAGAACCAGAAAACACCCAUCCCUCCAUCCCUCUUCGGGGUGUCCUUCUGAAACUGUUUGAAAUUCGUAAUGAACUCGACAUCAUUCAGAGACAAGAGACCAUGGCCAUGCUUGUCCGCGUUGGUGCAAAGCUCCCGGAUGAUAUUGCUCAAGGAGUCAUCAAAUACUACGAGGACGAACGUCUCCUUCAGCCGCCGAGCGAGGAUUGGAAGGCAGCGUGGGAACAGCUGCUCAAUCCGUUCUUUAAUGACAAACGUCGGUCGGCCGACUUGCGAAAGUAUACCAUGAGGACAAUCAUCAGGACAUUUGAAUACAUUUCAUUCGUGCUUCCGCCUGACGUUCAGGACACCUGCGCAAAAUUCAUUCUCGAGCAUAUUCACGAGGAGUUGGACCCGGAUGUUCUAGCCAUCCUUGCUGAUGCGGCUGUCAACAUUGCCACGGAAGCAUCGGAUGAGUUCGUGGAGUACGUGAUGGAUCUAUUCCGUGUCUAUCUCUGGGAGUUCAUUGGAGACUUGCAUGAGCAUCAUUCAGCCGGGGACUUGAUGUACGAGGACAAUCCAAACUCUCCCAGUAAAGUCAUCACCAAGGCAUUGGUCCGUAUCUUCAUCCGCACAUAUAUCCGUUCGGCUUGGAAGGCAUCAAAGGCCUACGAGCUGAUCUUGUACGUGGCGGGGACAAACAAGUGCAACAUGGAUGCUCGAAUUGCUGCAGUCAGAUUCCUUGCUCGUCUUCGCAGUGAUGCAAAUUUUGCGUUGCGCGUCAAUGCCGCUCCUGAGGGCGAGAACAUAGCUGCAAUACUGUGCAGGACUGCUGACACCCUCGUCCCAAUCCAGAAAGAAGAAGGUCCCUCGGAAGCAGUGAUUCCAGCAAGCGUGGAAGAAAAGAGCCUAACACGCCGGUCACUGGUGGGUGCGGUCCAGAAUCCUCUAUCGCGGAACCCUUCUCGAGUGUCCAGCGGCGUGGUGACAGCGAAACCCGCACAGCCUCUCUGGAUGUACCCAGACCAGGAAGGACUCCCAGAGCAACCGCCAGCGACGCCUAGUCAUGUGCUCUUCACCGACCUCGGAAGCACGAAGGCCGAAGAUAACAUGGAGGGCGAGGAGACACAGGAAAAUGGUGACGCCAUCGAAGACAUCCACCGCGAACUGUUCCCAACGAGUCGUUGGCUGGAGACUGCUAUUUCUCUUCUCCAAAACUGCAACGACUGGGAGGUGCUCAGCUACUUGUUCGUACAUUUUGGAGCGCAGCUUUGCAACCACGCACUUUGGAAGAAUUGUAUUCCGCAACUGCGACUCCUUCGCAGCGUCCUGAGUGACCAGAUCAGAAUCGGCAGUGUGCCGGAACCUCCUCCGUACUCGGGCGUCAAGAAAGCCGAUAUAGCUGUCUGCUAUUUCCACCUCCUCACCAUGCUGGUCAGCUAUCACCACCAUUUUGAGAAGAGUGAGCAGGACGAGCUUGUCAAAUCGUUCUACUUGGGAAUCGGCUCGUGGGAUAGGACAUCGAAGUGGUGCAUCCAUGCUCUGACCGUUUGUUGUCACGAACUACCGGAUUCAACAACGAAACACCUUCAGAACAUCGUGCAGAAGAUGUCUCAAAUAAUCACGCAACCGCAAAUCGCAAUCCAUAUCCUGGAGUUCCUUACCCAUCUGGUUCGGCUGCCUAAUUUGUACGUCAACUUCCGCGACGACGAGUUCAAAAUGGUGUUUGGCGUCUGCUUCCGUUACCUGCAGUAUGUGCGUGACCAGCAGGAGAAAACCUUCAGCCCUGCACCUGCCCGUCUUAGCGGAGCCGGUUUGCGACACACCGCUCCAUCGCGCGAUCUUAGGGAGUCGAAAAUGACCGACCAGAAUCCUGGCAAGGCGAAACCCGCGGAUGACCUUCCGCAAUACGUCCACGCGCUGGCCUACCACGUUAUAACUUUCUGGUUCAUGGCCAUCAAACUUGAAGAUCGCGAGAAGUUUGUGCCUUGGAUCAUCAAGAAGUUGGUCCACACAGACCGCUUUGGACGUGAGACUCUCGAAGAGCAAGCCUUGAUCACCAUCGACAUGUUGCACAGUCGUGCCUACACUGAUCGAGAUGAGACUGGAUAUCAAGAAUCAUUCGCCAAAGAAUCCGACGGAGAGGUCACCAAGCGAUCGUGGGUUAUUGGUGGAGAGAUGAUAUUGACGCUUGAGACGGCUGCGCGGACCGGCAUCACCCAAAUCAUCAAGCGUCGACCGUCUUAUACGGGCUACGGCAUAUAUCACCCACAUCUAAUCCCCCCACCUCGCCAUCAAGUCCCGUUGCUUACUGGUCUGGCUGCGGAUGCUUUCUACACGUCUUCUUAUGUCGGAGUUCUACCCGAGGAUAUAUUCCAGGGCUUGUUCACACCUGUCACUCUUUUCGAUCCCAGUGCCGUCGAGAGAUCUCCGUGGGUCAAGCUGCCGGACGACGAUGUCACCCGUCGUUCUAUCGGUGUGCUGGACCGCGCAUCGACAGUCGACAGUCACAGAGUCGGUGUGAUUUUCAUCGGCGAAGGUCAAAGCAACGAGCAGGAGAUCCUUGCCAAUGUCAUGGGCUCUGCAGACUACACCAUGUUCGUCGAGGCUCUUGGAGAAGGCAAGCUUGUACGGCUCAAGGGAUUGAAGAUGAACACCCAAGGACUAGAUCGAGAGUUUGACAGUGAUGGCACGCACGCGGUCUGCUGGCGUGAUCGGGCGGUGGAAAUGAUAUUCCACGUGAUCACCAUGAUGCCCACGGACCUGGAGGCUGAUCCCUACUGCAUCAACAAGAAAAAGCACAUUGGCAACGAUUUCGUCAACAUUGUCUUCAACAACUCCGGCCUCCCUUUCCGUUUUGACACGUUCCCUUCGCAGUUCAACUACGUUUACAUCGUCAUCACGCCAGAAGCUCGUACAACGUUUGUCGACACGCGAGACAACGUUGGUCUUGACCAGUUUUACAAGGUGCAAGUCCUCACACAGCCCGGGUUUCCAGAAGUAUCACCGGCGUCGGAGACGAAGGUCAUCAGCGGGAAGGGACUCCCUGCCUACAUCCGCAUGCUCGCGCUCAACGCCAGCGUGUUCUGCCAAGUAUGGUCAAUUCGCGACACAGGCGAGUUCGUGUCGUCGUGGCGCAGCCGGCUUCGGGAGAUCAAGAAGCUCUGGGACAAACACCUCCCCGGCGGGCCGACGCCACCAUCCAGCGCGGCGGGCCCGAGCGUGAGCAGCGGGGGUGUGUUCCAUCGUCAGAGCAUUGCCACGUACAACAGUGAGGGCAACAGAUCCAGCAUCUUGAGUGGCACCAGCGCGGAGAUGGAGCGGCAGAACUCGAGCGGGUCGCGUGGCUGA